UGUAGGGGGCGGGGACACCAUACCUGGAGAACGGGGAUGCUUGCUGAAGCCUGUCUGUGGUAACCAAUCAAAUUGUUGUGUGACACAGCCGUCUCCAGGGCUGUGCCUUUCGAUACACAGCACUCUGAGACAAAAAUGAUAUUCAGGUGACGCUGUGAACACAUGAAUGGCAGGAGAAGACUGUUAGCUGCCUCUGUAAUUUCUGUCCAAAACUCCAGCUUUGUGUAUCCUUCUUGUCAAAACUGCUUUUCUAAGCUGAUACUAAAUUCUAAUAGGUUUAACUGUCUAAAAUGUGGCUGCACGGGUGAAGCUAAGGAUGCAAACUACAGGUAUAAGCUGUCCCUAAAAGUUGCUGGCACUAGUGAUUUAUUUGACAUUACCGUGUUUGGAAGCACCUUAGAGCCAUUCUUUGGGGUCACGGCAGGAAGUCUGCAGAGGUAUAUUCAAGAUUUUAACCAAGUAUCAGGAGAGCUGGACAGAGAUGCAUCUCCCCGUGUGUUAAUUCAAGCAGUCAAAACUUGUUUCAUUGGGAGAAGAUUUAUAUUUGGAGUGAAGAGUUCUGAAAAUCAUGAUGGAGGGCACUCUGUUUCUGACAGCAUUUUGCCAAACGGCUCCAGAAUUAAUAGACUUACAAGAGAUCUUACAGCCUGCCAGAUCUUCCUGCCAAACACUGCUGCUGCCGGCUUUACUGUUAUCAGCUACUUCCAUCGGCUCCUGCAAUCUGCUAAUUUCAGGAGCAGUCACAGUAGCUCACAGCGACCCGAUUGUCCUUUCAUUGCAGUAGAUCAGCCUAGCAGUGAGCUCAGCAGCUUGUGUAGCUCUGGCAGCAACUCAUGUUUUGUUCAGUCAAGUGGCCGAGAGAGUUUUUCAGUACCCUGGCAGCAGUCCUUUGGCCUGACUUCUUCAUCCGUUGAGUGGGUAACAACAGAAGAUUUUUCAUCUUUAGAACUGGGCAAGGCUGCCGGUGAACAGUGUGAACUACAGGAGAGGGGUUUCUCUGCAGAACUAUGCAGCUUAAGUCCCAGCAACCAAACCAUUCAAGAUUUGCAGCUCUGUAACUCUAUGAAUGAGAGAAAUGAACAGGAAGAUCGUGAAUUGAGUUCACUAUCCAGUAGGUCAGACACAAUCACUGCGACUGAAAAACUAGAGAGCUGCGCUCAUUUAAAGAGAGAAUGGUCACCUGACAGGAACAGCUCUAGGUUGUUACAAAGCCCGUUGGAUUUGGGGGUAAAAUACUCUCGCCUAGAGAUUAUCAGCAGACAUGAUUACUGUCAAGAGAAAUCUUGGAACUCAUUGCUUUGCCAGAGAAAAGAUGAUUCAUUUUGCUUCUCAGCAGUAUCUCCUAAUCAUGGAAGUGCAACUGGAACUUCUCAGGAUGACCCUAUGAUUUGGGACGAGCUGCCGUUCUCUGAAAGUCUAAAUGAUUUCAUAGCCAGAAUUGAAAACAGGAGCACCAUAUCCCCAGUAGGUCUCAAUGCUCAUAAAUGUUCCCUUCGUGAAAGAAACGAGUUGGAUGAAAAUCAUAGCAAAACAUCUUGUAGGCAAGGCAUUGUACAUACUGCCUGCAAAUCAACCACCACAACAGGGAAGUUCCCACAACGAACAGAGCAUGUGAAUACUUGCAAAGAGCAUAUUCUCUCCUGCCAUCAAUCACACCUCACUCCUGUAAAUGGCCAAUGUGAGCCUACAAGUACUAAGGGAGGCAGAGAGUCUGACUUUAUACCUGACCCAUCUCUGCUAGUGCUGUCGCAGUCCUCAGCAGUUAGAGCAACUUGUGUUCUUUCAGCGGGCAGUUUUCUACAAUCUGAGAAAGCAAAUGUUAAUAUUUCAAACAAUGCCCAUUCUUUCACCAACCUUCAGUGUACUAUGAAAGAUGCAGAAAUCUCAUAUUUACAAAGGAGAGAGAGACCCGCCCGUUUACGUUCUCUGUAUGAUGGCUGUGUAGCUGAUUGGGAAAAUAAAGACAAUUGUAGUUAUCCACCAAACCUAAGAACAGAUCUUACAAGCUCUCGGGAACUGGGCUGUGAUUCAGCAGCUCCCUACAAAGCUAAAAAUACAUGUAAGAGAGAAUUAGAACCAUUAACUAAAUUGCAAGAAAAUACUGUUAGAGCUAUAAACCAGAAUGACGUGCUACAGAACAACCCCAAUCACUCCAAAAGCAGCUACAAUGCUUCUGCUGACCUCUUUGAGGCUAGUGCCAGAGAGAUAGAAACCAUGGUAGAAUUUUCAAACAAGUCUCACAACUCUUCAGCACAGGAAGAUGUUUCGACUGAAAAGUACACAGCAUCUGAAUUAGUGUGUAGUCCAUUAGAUGUUGGCUGCAGCUAUUUGGAGUGCAGAUCCUCACUUAGUUUACCACCUCCUUUUGGUAAACACAGUACACCCAUAAGUUAUUCACUUUAUGAUUCAGAACUUGAUCUGGUAGAUACCCAGAACUUUGUUCCUUACUCACAGUCAACUCCUGUUGUAAGAUCUCUUCAAAAAUUCAGAUCCCAGAGGGGGAGAGAAUCAGUUCUCCCUAAAUUGACAUCUAAAAGUCCUACUAAAAUCCGCUGCAAAUCUAAACAGUCUAGGCCAUCUUUUAAAAAUACUUUAUUAAGACAACUUACCAGCAAGUUCCCGAAACACAAAAGAUCAAGUAACACAGCCAUCAAUAAAUCUGUUCCACAGCAGUCGUUUAUCAACAGCGAGGUGCCAGAGAAUGAUUCUAAAGAAUGGAUCCCUCCAUCAGCAACAAAAUUGUUACAGCCAGCUGCAUUUUCUAAUUUAAAAACAGUUGGAUUGCAAGCCAGGAGCCCAGCUAUCUGCAAACCCAUUGACAAAAAGACUAUUUCUGAAAACAAAGCCAGCAGUGGAAAGUCAAGAACUGAUACAUGUUUAAGAAGCAGAAAAUUAAAGCCUAUGAAUAGAGCUGGAAUUCCAACAACUCCUAUACCUGCAAACGCUGCUAAGGCCUUGCUUCUAAAAGAUGCAGUCUCUGGAACUUGUGCCUGCUCAGAAACCCAGAAGAGCCAUUCAUGUGCAACUUACUUAGUGGGUGGACUGGAUGAGGCAGUUAGCUGGUCUCCUGAACUGUUUACAGAAAAAUACUAUUUCUAAGUAUGUGGCUUUUGGAAAACCUCAUUUUGUUUAAUUUUUGGAAGUGUGCCAGCAUUGCCGGAGAAGGAAAAGGGACAUUUUAAAAAAGUUUAAUUAUUCAUAUGUCUCUCAGCAUCUGGCUCGUUUAAGAUGAAUUAUACCUAGCUCCAAAGCCUUUUGUCCUGCACAGAGGUUGGGGAACACAGAACCCUGCUGUCACAUUGUUUUAUUGUGGAUGAAAUGACUAAGCUAAAAAAAGUGAAAUAAAAGUUUAACAUUAAUAGGCUAUGCAACCUUACUUUUCAAGCCUAUUCAAGCAAAGGCUUGUCUAGCCAAUAAUUGUAUCUUCCCCCGAGAGAGAGCCCUAGGAAUGCACCGUUCUCCUGCUUUGUUCAAAACACAGGCCCUGGAUUCUGCUUUCAGUGAAAUCCUUUUGUGGAAGGCUGACUUUGCUGUUUUAGGACCUGUUAGGAAAUAAGUCACAGGAGGGAAUAAAUUCCAUUCUAAAACAUUAGGUACUGUGACUGGAACUAGGCAUCAGAUGACCUGUAUUCAGUUCCAUCUCUGCUACCCAUUUAGCUUUGUCUUUUUGAGGGAGGUCAUUAUGAUAUUUCUAAUGCACCUGUCUUGGCACCAGGAACUGUAUCCAGCCCACUCAGAGGAGUCAGUAGGAGACUUCUCAUUAUUUCAGGGGCUAGUGGAAUGGGCUCCAAGCCAUCCACUCUCUCUGGGCCUUAGAUUUUUCAAUCUGCAAAAGAAAACUCAGCCACUGAGAGCUACUUGAAAGCAGUGUGUAAAUGCAGAUCUUUUCCUGUUCCAAAUCUGCCUGAACAGCAGCUUUCCUUUAUUUUCAGCAUGGAAAUUCCACCUGCCCUAUGGAGCUCUGAAAAUCUCUCCCUCAUUUUCUCUACCCCACCUCAUGGCUCCCACAGUGUAACCACUCAUCUCCUACCCAAAGACUUGGAAGCCUCUCACUGUUUCUCUGUAUUUGGCGAGAAGGGUCACUCAGUUAGCAGGAGGUGCUUCCUCCCUCUUAGGAGCUGACCGUAUUGGCACUGCAGUGUUUCCAAAAGCCAAAACAGAAAAGUCAUUAGUGGACACAUACCAAGGCUCCCUAAUAUCCCCCAAACAAAUGCACUUUAAAAAAAACUUUUCAGUUGUGCUCCGUGAUGUACAACGUGAGGACCUCACACUCAUUCACUGUCUGAUCUUCAGCAGCCUAUGAGGCAGAGCAGAGUCAUUCUCCAUCUGUAUGUGCAGGUAGUGAGAGACAUAGGUUCAGUGACUUGCCAGAAGUCUGUAACAGACAGACAUAGAACCCAGACUACCUCAGUCCCAGAGCAGAAUCUUAACCACAGACAGACCAUCUUUCCUCUCGACCUUCUACUACUCACUGUGGCACUCUGACACUGAACAAGAGUUCUUCCCACUUCUGGGGAUCCUACACCACUAGGUGGUGAAGGGAAAGGGCUGGGCCACCUUAAGGGGCCUGCAGGGAUGUUCUGCCAGCCCUAUCCCAUCUGUGGAUCCUAGACGGAGGUAUGAGAGGAAGAAAACACAUAGGCUCAGCUACACCAUAAAGCACAAAAUAGAAUUAAAAAAAAUACUUAAUUGUUUUUUUCUGUUCACUUAAGUUCUUUACCUACUUGAACAGUGCCACCUAAAAACUGGGGAUCUUCAUCAUCACAGGCUCUGGGCAGCUGUCCCAAGAGUCCAAACAGCUGCCUCAUGAGUAAGCAUCUAGUGAUCCUCCACACUGCAUAAGUGUAAUCUCUGCCUCUCAUGCUGUAUGCACGAGACAGAAUUAUGCAAAACAGCCAGUGAGUGGAACACACCAAUAACGUGAGCAGGUACAUAGAUGAAAAAGCCAUAGAUGGUGUACCCCUGCAGCAGAGAACAGUGCCUUUCCCUGUGGGACAGAUGCAGCAGCCUAGAGGGCUUGCAGCACUUGGGGCAGGGAUGGAAGGGGAAGGGACAUGCUGCAGUUGAGGUGCCAGAAGGUGGCAGGGUAGUGUGGAUGCUUUGUGCUGGUUCAGUCAUGCUAGUGCAAUUCUCAUCUGCAGAUGAGGGUGCGAUACUGAGUUUUGGCUGUCUGCACUUGUGCCCAUGUCUAUUCACACUGAGCUGCCUCACAAGUUGUUUGGCAUAUUUGAUUGUCCUAUUUGCUAGCUGGCAUCUACCCAUCAUCAGCCACUCAGUGCAGUUGGGUGUGACCAUCAGGCUUGGGUGCCUAGAAAUACAUAUUAGCAUGGCUAUUGUAUGUAGAAGAUAGACCCACACUUACUGUAAGACAAGUAUCCAGCUGGCACAGAAAUAAACAGUUCAGCUUCAGAGACCUCUCCAUUCCAGUUGUAGUGUUCUUACAUGAUGUUCAUUAUGGGAAAACAUCUACAUAAGGAUACAAUGUCCAUGCUAGUUCAGAACAGUAGCCAAAGACCAGGAUCUGCACGAAUGGGGAGCUGUGAUGCAAAUAUACAUUACAGACCAGACCAUCCCAUUUCACAGCUACAAUGCAAUUGAUGACAGCAGGUUUUUGCCUUUCUUAAUAGAUGAAAAUUUAGCCCUUAUGUCCUGUAAGGUCUUGCUUUGCAGCAGCUGAGCUGUGGAAUCCAAAGCCACGGAAGUGUGAGAUUUUGCCACCUAUUGGCACCAAGUCUUAGGAA